AUGUCCCUCAAAUUCUCAGAUACAUCCCCCCUCCCCCUCCAACUCCAAAUCGAAUCCCAAGUCCGUGGAACCCAAAAACUCGCCUACCUCCCCACCGCCACAACAACAACAUCAGCAGCCGGCGGCAACGGCCAAUCCCCAUCCCUCGACUUCUACUACCUAAACUACCGUCCCACCUACCUCGCCGGCUCUCCCGAAGCAGGGAAGAUUGAUUUUUGGAUGCUAACACCGGAAGGAAGUCAAGCACCCGCCACAGGGUCAUUGGAGCUGUUUGACGAGUUUGGAAAGAUUCGAUUGGCGACGCUUGUGGAGGAAGGGACAGAGAUUCCGCGGGCGGUCGCGAAUCAGAACAAGCCUUUUCUGUGGAAGACUUGGAAGAUCCCCCGGACCCUCCAAGCCGACUUUGACUUUUCGGAAAAGUUCCGUAUCGUCCUCAAGACUUCAGACCAUAUCGCCGCUGCCAAGAAGGCCGCCAUCGCCAUCGCCGCCGCUAACAACAACAAUGGAAAACGCCAAUUCGGGGAUGAUGCGGGACUGAUCGACUUUUUGUUGGUCAAGAACAAGAACAAGCACGUCAACUCGGUCGAUAACGCGUCGACGUUGAAAUCCGUGGGCGCAGGGAACAUGGUCGUUCAGGAUCGUCAAUUCCGUAUCAAGAGCUUAACGGCCACCCCGGGCGGUAAACCCAACCCUGCGAAACUCGCCGUCAACUCCAUCAUCGCCUCUCCCAAAUCCAACACUUCUCCCAAGGCUACUACUGACGAAAAGUCGUCGACUGCUUCGACCAAUAACAUCAAUCCCGAGGCGAACGAGAGCGACAACGCGGUGGGAGUCGACAAGUCCUCAAACGAGAAUGACAGCACCGUGCAGGCGACCGGAACGCGUUCUGCCGCUUCUUCUCCCACUGCUCAUUUGCCACAAUUCACCGCCUUCAUGGCCGUCGUCCUCGCCGCCACCAUGGGUGCAUCCUUCUUCUGA